CCACGUCUGCAGAUUUUCUAGACCUGCGCGUAGAGCGGUCUGCUUGGUAAGAAUCUCAAGGCGAUGGCUUCUUGGAUAAAGUACGGGAGCUGCCUGGCGCCCGGCUUGCUGCAGAACUAUACGGCCAUUGUGACCGGCGGGGGCACGGGCAUCGGAAAAGCCAUCGCCAAGGAGCUCCUGCACCUUGGGUGUAAUGUGGUCAUCGCAUCCCGUAAGUUUGACAGACUAAAAUCUGCUGCAGAGGAGCUAAAAAACACUCUGCCUGUCAGCAACAAGGCUCAAGUCACUCCCAUACAGUGUAACAUCCGGAAAGAAGAGGAGGUGAAUAAUUUGGUGAAAUCUACCUUAGCUCUUUAUGGUAAGAUUGAUUUCUUGGUAAACAAUGGUGGCGGCCAGUUCAUGUCUCCUACUGAACACAUCAGUUCAAAGGGAUGGAAUGCUGUGAUUGAAACCAACCUGACAGGCACCUUCUAUAUGUGCAAAGCAGUUUACAAUUCCUGGAUGAAAGAGCAUGGAGGAUCUAUUGUUAAUAUCAUUGUCCUUCUUAGUGGACAACCAUUAAUAGCUCACAGUGGAGCUGCGAGGGAAGGUGUUUACCAUCUCACCAAGUCCCUGGCUGUGGGAUGGGCCAGGAGUGGAGUAAGAAUCAACUGUGUUGCUCCUGGAAUAAUUUAUUCCCAGACUGCUGUGGACAACUAUGGUGAUUUAGGAGAAAUCGGAUUUUCAAGUUUCUUUCAGAAAAUCCCAGCUAAACGAUUGGGAGUUCCUGAGGAGGGAAAGAACAUUUGGAAUGAUGGCCAUGAAACACAGACAAACCUUAUGGGAACACUCAGGAAAACUUGAUGAGCAGAGCCUUCUGGAAGAAAUUGAAAGUGACUGAAAAUGAUUUCUGCAUCACAGCCCAUGACAGCAAGGCAGAAUGGCCAUCUUGACAUUUACCUACCUUUUCAACACAGUCUCACCCUCUUGUAGGACUGAAAUACUUUCUUUCCUCUCGCCCGGUCUCCAAGUUUUGGUGUUGUCAGAAUGAAGGAAGAGAUGUUCCUUAUUUCACCCUUGAACGUUACAACCUCCUGUCUUGGGGCGGAUUUUGAUGUCUGACAUGUUUCCCUUCCCAGCUCGGUCUCCUGUAACACUGCUGUCUUCACCUGGCACCCACACCACAAUUCCAACUCUGGUCAUUUGUGCUUUUCUCUUGUCAUUCUAUACAUACUUAUAUUCACUGUGGGUUGACGGGAGCUGGUUUUAAGCAUGUUCUGUGGUGGCUCCUCUCCAGAGUCAUUGUUAAAAUUUAUCCCAAAGCAACUUCACUGUAGGUUUUCUUAAGGGGUAAAGACCUCCUAUAGAUGCUAUACCCUUCCCCGUGUGUGGUAGAAUGUGGUUUUCUUUUUUUUUGUGGGGAGUACCGGGGAUCAAACUCAGGUCCUGGUACUUGCAAGGCAGAUGGCGGAACCACUGAGCUAAAUUCUCAGCAGAAUGUAGUCUUCUAUAUCUACUCAAUAAAUCUUGUUUUCUGCUCAAAAAAACAA